AGGAAAAGUAGCAAAUGCAAAAAGUACAUCGCCCUUUUCUUUUAACCAAUCGUAUCGUCGGAACUUAGCUUGUCGCUUCAAUGGCAGAACCACACGACUCUCAUUCAGAAAAAGAUGUCAAAUCACCAAACAUCUUUGAGCGAGCGAAGGAGGAGAUACAGGCGGUUUUCCAUCACGACAAGAUGCCUACCCAUGACAAAGAAACUCAUGGGAGAAACGAUGACAUUGACGAGGAAACAGAUACUAGCGAGGUCAAAGCCCCGGGUGUUCUUGAACGGGUGAAGGAGGAGAUUGAAGCUGUAGUUGAGGCCUUGCAUCCAAAUAAAGACUCUCAGGAUCAUGAUUCAUCAUCAAAGUGAAGAGAAUGGUGGAAGGAAUGUCCCUUCAAAUGUUUUGUAAUUAUGAUUCUGAAAAUUUGUGUCAAUGGUUUAACUGUUUAAGGUGUAAACCAUGAAAACUAUGAGGACUUUUGUGAGCUCUUGGAACAAAUCAUUAUUUAAUUUGCUAUAAUGUAUCAAUUACUCCUUGCUA